ACGUCAUCGCGCAGGAACGGCGUGUGUGUUCUCGCGCGCUAUCGCCAUCGGACACUCAACAGAUCAACUAUGGCGGAAAGGUAGUGAAGACGUUCCACCUAACAAGGGGAUUCAGCGUCAGAUAGUUACGGUUUGACCGACACACCAGCCUGCAUCUGCUCAAACAUUAGUCGUUGUUGUACAGCAAAGACGCAACGCCAGAGGCCCCAGAACACGAAAAGAUGCCGAAUAUUAAGAUUUUUAGCGGAAGCUCCCACCAGGAUUUGUCUCAGAGAAUCGCCGACCGGCUCGGACUUGAGCUGGGGAAGGUCGUGACGAAAAAGUUCAGCAACCAGGAAACAUGUGUGGAGAUUGGAGAGAGUGUACGUGGCGAGGACGUAUACAUCGUACAGAGUGGCUGCGGUGAGAUAAACGACAACCUGAUGGAGUUGCUGAUUAUGAUCAACGCUUGCAAGAUAGCUUCAGCUUCCCGUGUCACUGCAGUCAUCCCCUGUUUUCCUUAUGCCCGUCAAGACAAAAAGGACAAGAGCCGAGCUCCAAUCUCUGCCAAGCUGGUGGCCAACAUGCUGUCGGUCGCAGGAGCAGAUCAUAUCAUUACCAUGGACCUGCAUGCCUCUCAGAUACAGGGUUUCUUUGAUAUUCCUGUGGACAACCUGUAUGCUGAGCCAGCUGUGCUGAAGUGGAUUAAAGAAAAUAUCCCUGAAUGGAAGAACUGCACCAUUGUGUCUCCAGAUGCUGGAGGAGCUAAAAGGGUCACAUCUAUAGCAGACCGGCUGAAUGUUGACUUUGCCCUCAUUCACAAAGAGAGGAAGAAGGCUAAUGAGGUGGAUCGCAUGGUGUUGGUGGGAGACGUGAAGGACCGUGUGGCUAUCCUCGUCGACGACAUGGCCGACACGUGUGGUACCACCUGCCAUGCUGCUGACAAGCUAUUAUCAGCCGGUGCCACCAAGGUGUAUGCCAUCCUUACCCAUGGCAUUUUCUCAGGGCCUGCCAUAUCACGCAUCAACAAUGCCUGCUUUGAAGCUGUAGUUGUGACCAACACCAUUCCACAGGAAGAGAAGAUGAAGCAUUGUCCUAAAAUACAGGUCAUCGACAUUUCAAUGAUCCUUGCAGAGGCUAUUCGGAGAACCCACAACGGCGAGUCAGUCUCGUAUCUCUUCAGCCAUGUUCCCCUGUAACCUCUUCUCAGCACGUGUCCCUUUAUUGUGCUUUAGUACCAAAACAAAGGGAGCCUGACCCCAAGUCGGUAAGAUGUACCUGGCUGAGACCCCAAAGGAAUUCUAGGAAAUCAUAUCACCCUGUCCACCUCUUGGAGCUGUUCAUCUCUAGUUGAGGAUUCAGAUGCUUUCACUCAAUAAGACUGUGGACAUUUAGAUUCUAGUCUUAAACACCUCCAUUUUAUUACCUUCUGCGACUAGAUUCGGGUGACAACCUAUUACACUUUAAUUUAUUUGGGCUUAAUUUGUAUAAGUAAGUAACUUGCGAGAUCUCCAUAGGCAGAAAAUGUAAAGUAGUUGAAUGAGUUUAUUUUCGUACUUCUUUCCGUUUCUGUUUGUGUUUGUAGACACUUGGGGAUCGUAACUUGGGGUCUCUGCUUGGGGUCUCUGCAGGCUGGAGCUUCCUUGAUAGGCUAUUUGUUUUCACUUCAUCCCCUCCCACACUUUCUUUACAUUACUCUACUUUUUUAUUUUAAAUUUGAAUGUAUUUUCCGAACUGAUUUAGCCAUACUUUCUAGAAAGUUAUCAUGAAAAUCAUCACGAAAGUGCUAAUUCUGUUUCUCUUUUAUAUGUGUUGGGUUUCCGUUGUUUUUCCAUUUCGAAUUGCUAAGUUUUGUUCUUAUUAAACAAUUGUGAAAAGGAA